AUGAUGCCAAUGUCGCAUGGGGAGAGACGGAAUGUCACUGCGAUGGAUGCGAUCGCAGCGAGCUGUUACACCACCGACAGCGAUGACGCUCGUCCGCCGCGACUCCAAGAAUUUGUUGCCGCGAGCCCGCCGAUGCGACGGGUCGCUUGCAGGAGAACGGCGAAUGCGGGGCGGGCGCGGCAGUACAUGGCGCGAUGGACGCCUGAGGAGGACGCGAUUCUGUUGGAGCACGUGAUGGCGCACGGCACGGCGGAGUGGGGGCAGCUCAGGGCGAGCGGCCGGCUGCCGCUGCGCGACAACAAGGCGUGCUGCAACCGCUUCCUGCUGCUUAAGAGGAAGUUCCUGCUGCACGAGCAGCAGCACGAGCCACAGCCGGAAUUUCCCUCCUUCCGCCGCCCCCACCACCCUCCGCACCCCAGCGGUCUCCCCUGCGGCCUGCAACCGCGUGACACCGCACUGCACUCCUCACCGUGGCACCUCGUGGGGACCGUACCAGCAGGGGUCCGCCUGGGGGCGUCCGUUAAUGCAUUCGUGAAAACGUUUGACACGCCUGAUGCGAUUCCUGUGACUGACAUGGCAUGGCAGAGCGACUUGCUGCAUGCGACAGCACCGCGGCAGCAGCAGGCCCAUCCGCGCCUGCUUGAGCAGUCGGUCGCGCGCCGCACAGUGAUGGCGGACGACUGGCAGGGGUGCGAGAGGCAGGAGGCUAAUGCAGCGUGGCAUGGCAUGAUGGACCCCUGGCUUGAGAACGCUCUGAUGGGCCCAAGUGUGCGCUCUGAUGUGGUGGGAUUCGACUGUGUGAGUGAGAGGAAACGUGUCAAGACUGCAGUGGCUGAUUGCGCUACAGUGCCCUCCGCCUUGAAUCACACGGCUUCUCCCACUUCGUCUCUUGCCUCACCCCCUCCCAUCCCUACCACGAGUGACGCCACUGCCGCUCAGCCUGCCGCCCACACAGGCCGGCUGUGUGCCGCCCAGCUCCACCUCCCUGCAACCACUGCUCCUUCCCCACGCCACUGCGAUAACACCGCUGCUCCAUCUCCUUCGGCCCCCCUUCAUGGCCCUCCUGCUGCUCCUGCCGCUCCUGCCACGUCUGCUUCCAUCCCAUCUCCUCUUGCGGGUGCUGAUGCAGUCACGAGUGUGGGGGCGGGCGCACCGGAGGGGCAGCGGGAGGCGGAUCUGGACAGGUGGAUUCUGGAGCAGGUGGGGCUCAUGGCGGGGGGUCAGGGGGUCUGA